AUGGGUAGUCGGAUCUAUAGAUCAAUUGAGACUGUUCAUAGAUACUUCAAGGUCAUCCUUAGGGGGGUCCUGAAAUUAUAUAGAGCUCUAAUAAGACUGCGUAGCGAAGAUACACCCCCAGAGAUAAGGAAUAACAGAAGGUUUUACCCAUAUUUUAAGGAUUGUGUUGGAGCAAUAGAUGGUACACAUGUUCGUGCAUCUGUGCCACCUGAAAUACAAGGAAGAUUUCGUGGUCGCAAAGAUGAAACCACGCAAAAUGUGUUAGCUGCCAUUAGUUUUGACUUAAAGUUCACUUAUGUAUUGGCUAGAUGGGAAGGCAGUGCACAUGAUUCACGUUUGUUAAAUGAUGCAUUUGCUAGGCCAGGGGGAUUUUCAAUUCCCAAUGAGUUUAGUGAUCGUCCUCCUGAGAAUGCGCAAGAAUUGUUCAACCUUCGACACUCUUCAUUGAGAACUACCAUUGAGCGAGGGUUUGGAGUGUUGAAGAAACGUUUUCGAGUGUUGGAUGCAGAACCAUUUUGGUCUUUCCCAACCCAAGUGAAAGUAGUGUUAGCGUGUUGUGUGAUUCAUAAUCACAUUAUGGGGGUUGAACCAGAUGACCAUAUUAUGGAAGAUGUAAUGAACCAAGUAGAGUCUAGUGACCAUCAACAAGAAACACAAUCACGUCGGGAGUCCGUCGAAGAUAGUAGAUCGUGGAAUGCUAAGAGAGAUGAGAUAUGCCAAGCCAUGUGGUCUGAUUAUACCAGGAGUGGAGAGUAG